AUGCACUCCAAUCGCAACCUCAUAUUUGACAGUACAUUCAAGGACCCCGUAAUUUAUGAUGAGGUAACAAUCUCCACAACAACAAUAAGUGACUAUGGUGAUUGCUAUGAGCAAUUCGGACUUUCUUAUGUGUUUGGCAUGAAAAGAAUGGGUCGGCCCAUCUGUUACAAGUGCAUCACUCCUAUAUUACGAUCGGAGAAUGUGCUACAGCUUGCACAUCAGCAAGGUGAUACUUGCUACGAAACAGUCAGUGGAGCAAAAACCGCUUGUUUUGACGCUGCUCAAGUAACGCCAAGAGAUGGUACCACGAUUUUUAGAGCAAAUCCACUGCCAGUCACAUGCCACGUCGAUGGGCGAUUUUCUCUCGAAUAUACACUCAGAGGAGCGAAUUUGAAAUGCGAAGCAGGAUCAGAGUCGGAGGUAAAUAAUUGUGAUUCUUCAAGCAUUCUGAACGUUAAGUUUCGCAACUGUACUUUUCCGGAUUUUGAUAUGUACUUGAGAUGCAUUGGCUCUUUUCUUGGACCAAAAAAGGAACGAUACAUCAUAGUCGAGAAUGAGGAGAGCGAGGAAUACCGAUGCGGGUUGCUUGUGACGUCAUCAACCCAAGAGCUGACCAUUCAUUUUUCGAAUGAUUCAUCUUGUGCAUCACUUACAAGCAGUAAUGCUUUUGAAACCUACAAUCUCAAGCCAAUACAAAGCGAGCAAAUCUCUUCGCCAUGUCAAUUUCCUACUUGGGUUCGUGGCGAAUACGACUCACUCACAGUGACCGCCGACUGGCUACAGUACGCCCAGCUGGGCGAGGGUACGGUAGCCGUGGUAUCUAGAUGUGUUCAAGUUAACGAAGAUAGGAUAAUGGUUUAUUCGGAGACGAAAUGUGGCGAAUCGAUAGGUUAUCACUGUCUAUGGUUUGCUCCACGUAGUGAAAGUCUCAUUGAAUUCAAAACAACUACUCCACGAGAGGAGUUAAAUACCAGCGCUUGUAGUUCCGAUGAAGAAUUCAGUCAUUGGCCGUGGACAGCAGCUGUAGUCAGUAACGCUCGUCCUUCAUCUUGUAGUACUAUGGGACUGUAUGCUACACCAGCCGAUUUGCAUUCGGAAGAUUGCUAUGAUGUCAAUAUUGGCUGUAACAACUCCUCUGGCAUGAAGAUUACCGCUUCACAUUGUUCAACAAAUAUUGUAUUUGAUUCUAGACAGUAUCAAUGCAUUGCCUCUUGGAGGGAAGACGACUUGCUUUUCCUCUAUACAAUAAGAGAUCAGGACACUCGUACUUGUUUCGUCGGGAAGCAUUCAUCAGGACGUUUAUACCUUUCAUCCGUUGGAGCACACUGUGCAAGAGGUUACAAUUUUGCUGAAAACUCAGAAAAGACUAUAGUGCUGGAGGAAACAUCUGGGUGUUCCUAUACUGUACGACCAAAACCAGCGAGAAGACCUACUACGUCGAGCACGAAAGCUGCUACUGUCGUGGUUUUAGAUCCAACGACCGAAAGUACAUCAACAGCUGAGAUGACAGAGUCACUUCCUCCUGACACUGAGGACGUUGAACAGCAAUGGAAGUCGGACCACAUGACUUCUGCUAUAUCGAGCAGUUUUCUUCUUUUGUCGUCCAUAACUUGUUGUUUGAUUAUACUGUGA